CAGUGGGGCCAACGUUAGAGGUGGCAGUGGUGCCCUGCCUCACGCGCGUGUGUGUGUGUGUGGGCGUCAACCUUCGAGUGUGGGUGAGAGAAAGCCAUUAUUAUUUACUCGACUCCAGCUUCUCUACUGUUUGGAAAGCUUCUAAGUAAGCUUUGUGACAUUUAAAAGAAAACUGUCUCCACUCAUAGUGAAGAACAUAUCUACAGUGUUGCCGACGGUUUCACAUCUGCCUACACUUUCUACUACACACCUACCUACCCUCUCCGCUACACACCUGCCUACACUUUCUGCUACACACCUGCAAAUGACUCGUCGAUGAAGUUUGUUGGAGGUGAGGCGGGCCGGGCGGCGUGUCUCUGCGACCUCCACAAUUAUGGAAGUUGAUGGAGUGACUCCAAGAUGCAGCCGAGACAGAUUCCGUGCUGCUGUAGCUGACUAUUUGUUACAUAUGUGGCCAAGGGGGCCCUGUGUCUAACUGCUGGCUAGCCUCUUACAAGUUAUAAAAAGUUAACAGUGCCAAAAUAGAUAAAUAUAGAUAAGAGCACAAUAAAUAAGUCUGGCUGGGCUCCUAGUGUAAAAGGGGAGGCCAGGCCAUAUUUGAAGUGGGUUGGGCCACAGUAUGGACUCUGCGCGGCUGCCUACUGACACGCGCAACAUCCCCCACAUGCAGCUCUUCCACCACUUAAAGCAGAAAUUUCCAGACCUGAAGGAUAAUGAUGUCAAUGAAAGUAUACAGAAGUAUGGGCUUGAUCGUGAACGUUGCGAAGAGGAGCUAUCGCAGAAGGCACAUAUUCAUCAUGGUGGUUACUAUGGCCCUUGGGGCCGCUCCAACAGUGCUCUCUCCUCACCGUCACCCUCACGCGUCACCUCACCGAUCCGAACAGGAAUACCGUCCACACCCACCACACCUGUUAUUACCACCACUGCAUCAACUACCCCAAUGUUGCACCACUCCACUGCAACACACCAUGUAUUUGGCCCACUACAGUCCAGUGGGUACCUAGUGUACAGUUAUGGCCCUGGAAUGGCAGCAAGUCCAGGGCCAGUUUAUACAUCACCCAUCACAACCGCAGUGGCUACCAGCCCUGUUUUUUAUCAACCACCAAUUAAUAGCCAAAUAAACUAUGGGUGGCAUCCGUCUGUUUCUAAUGGACUUCAGGCAGCUGGUAUACAACCACCCCCAAGACAUUUACAAGGGGGGUGCAGUAGACAGGACACUCCUUAUUGCUCCCACGAAACUUCUAAGUCUCGAUCCGCUACACCAGUUAUGCCAAACUCGGCACCGGUUGUGCCCAAUUCUUUUGACCCAUUCAGUGGUUAUGAAAAUAAAGAUCCCCCAGAACGUCGUAAAAGUGCAGAAACCUAUUAUGAGAGAAAUAAAGAAGGACUUGUUUACAAUGUACGUGAAAUGGAACAGCAAUUUGAAAGAUUAAGUAAUAGUCCACAUCAUUCCCCAACUCCCCCAUUAAACAAUAUCAUAGACUCUCCUUCAUCGCCUUCAGCAACAACCACAACAACAGUAACCACCACAACUAGCAACUGUACAAAUCCAAGCAACAUCGGUGGCAGCAGCAGCAGUCGACCUCCACCAGCACUGGUGCAAGAACAGAUCAUACGCAAAGAAAAGUUGGAAGCGGAGUUGGCCAAACAAAUUGAGGAGAAAGGUAGAUUACAGACAGAGGUUGAUAUGAUGAUACGAGAAUUGAAUGCCAGAGAGCAACAGCGUAAGCUUAACGCCGACACUAACACAAUGAGAAUUGAAGAAGUACAACGUGAGAAUCAGCGAUUACAAUCGGAGUGCUACGAAAUGGAAAAUAAAAUUUUACGUCUUGCCCCAGAUAUGGAAUCAGAAGGUUACUCAAAUUUACCCAACACCCAACCAUACAAUGAAGUCCCUGCAGCCCUUCAGUUAACUAGAGCAAGUUCUGGAUCAAGUUUGGGCAGUGGAACAGGCUCACCACAAACACCACAGACCCCACACACACCUCACUUAGCUCACAUGACUCAUAUACCUCACACACCUCAUGCCUCACACACGCCUUAUAUUCCUCCAAGACCUGCUGCCCCACCUCCACCACCGCCGCCGCCACCACCACCCCCGCCACCUCCACAAACUUCACUCCCCAACCACAGUUUCAAUGAAUUUCAGGGAGUGCAUGGGGAAACAGUAGAUGAGAUUGGUCCAAAGUGGGGAUGUACCAAGUGCACCUUCAUCAAUCACCCAGAUAUGAACAAGUGCGAGAUGUGCGACUAUCCACGCUUCACCAUAGGUACGACUCCCUCCCAUCACGCAGCUCUCCCCCCAAACCACCAGGGCCCCUGCUACUGUCACCGCCACCAUACUCCAGGUUCUGUUGCAGGUUCCAUAGGGGCAGCUGCAGCUUACUCACCUCAGCGUUCAUGCUCCUCUCUUCCACUGUCUAAUGAGAAACCAAGCUUAGCUAAUGUUCUUAAAGAAAAACUAAUUGGACUGCGUGAUCGUUCGGAUAGUGUCUGACCAUAGUACAGUAAUGUGUUUGAGUUUUUUAAUAGUUUUUAAUCUAACUAAUGCUCUUUGGCCAUAUAUGAUAUUUUCCAUAUACAAUACUAAUUCACUUGCAGAUGCAUCACUUAUUUAUAUUUAUUAACAUUAUUCUACUUCCAUUUGCAUGGGCUGGAUCAAGCAUGCUAAGUCUUGUAAACAUAAUAAACUACAAAUAAAUAUACUGUACAUAAAACAGAUAGUUAAUUGUUAAAUUUUUUGGCAUUAUGAGAGUUACUUGACUCAAUGUAUACCGCAGAGAUACCACAAUGUGUCAUGGGUGUGUGAUGUAUAGUGUGUGUUGUAGUCUGUCAAAUAUGUAUUUUAGUCAUAAAAUUAUGAUAAAUAAUUCUUAUUUUCAAGUGUAUGGAUACACAAACACAUAUAUACAUACAUAGAUGUAUUUGAAAAAAAUCCCCCUUAAUGCAUAGUGGUAUUGUGGCUUUUCUCUUAGGCUAUGGGUCCCCUUCUUCCCGCCAGAGAUGGUACAGCUCCCUCCCUUCUCUCUUUCCCAGGGCGGCACUUAAUGGAGCGCAGCCCUGCUCCUUAUUGUCCAGACUACAUUGUCCUUCUUACGGUCAUGCACAUCCAUGUUGAAUGUCCUGACUUCCAUGGAUGUACAUGUGUCUUGUUUCCCAAAUGUCCCUCGCGGUCAUUUGUCCCUCGAUAGAUUCCUUGGUGAAUCAGAUACCUUUGAUAUCGCUUGCCUUAUGCUCUUUUGUUCUCAUAUUGGCAUCCUAAAUGAUGACUAGCGCCUUUUAAAUAUCCUGCACCUUUGGUGAUGCUACAUAGUCUCCCCGACUUGGUACCUUCUUGUAAUAAUUAUUUACUUGGCCCUCUCUCUCUCUUGCUUUUGGUGCGACCACUCAGCUGUGGUGUUCCUUCCUCUCUUUAGAUUUACUAAAAAAUACACAAUCUGUUUAUUAUGACAGUUAAUAACGAGAUGUUAUUCAAAAGAAAUGAGGGGAAGGGGAGGGAAAAUGGACCUGAAAAUUUAAGAACUGGAAAGUGGAUAUCGUUGGUGUUUAGUUUAUACGGCACUGGAGCAAUGGAAGAAGUAUUUUCAAAUUAUUAAUUGAAUGUUCUUUGUAAAUGUGAGUGCUGUAAAACUACAUUUUAAAUGCACCAUAUGGAUUGGCCCAAAGGCAGAACUGAUAAUUUUAUUAGCCUAAAUCAAAAUGUCGUAAGUGCUUUUUUGCUAAUGAUAAUGCACUAUUGUGAAAAUGGUAAAACUUAUAUAUUCAAUCUAAAUAUGAAAUUUAUUACCCAACAAUUAUUGAAAAGUGUUAUUUGUCUUUAAUUAUAACAUUUGAUGAAUGAUGGCCUUUGUUCUUCUAAGUGUGGCACAGUAAUAAUGUGCUAAGCAUACUCUGGGUAGCUGUCUCUUGCUCUGAAAAUAUGAAUGUGUAAUUACCUAAGUGUAGUUACAGGAUGAGAGCUACGCUCGUGGUGUCCCGUCUUUUCAGCACUCUUUGUCAUAUAACGCUUUGAAACUACUGACGGUCUUGGCCUCCACCACCCUUUACAACUGUGUCACAACUGUGUGACACAGUUGUGAAGACAUGCUAGAAUAGAUAUUGAAUUGUGAAAGAAGGGAGAAGUAAUGAAGACUAGGUGUUAUAUAAUAAGUUAUACAUGACGAAUACUGAAUUGUGAAGUUUAACCCUCAAAAUACAGUUAUCGUCGUGCGUUGGUCGUCUAGUGCAGUGUGGACGGACAUCAUCGAAUAAAGAUCCACGAUGUGUGUGUGUAGGUUUCCCAUGUGGUUCUAAUAGCUCACUGGUGUUUCCCAACCAUAAUGGGAAGCCAUAAAAUAAUUUAGUCAAUCGGACUUCAGCCCUGCCAUCACGUAUGGUAAUAACGGCACUUAUCUGGCCAACUUAAAGAUCAUCACUGUAUAUAUUUAUUUUUGUAAUCUUUUUACUUUUACACACAGAUUCCUAAUUUUUAAUAUAUUUUGAAAAUAAAACAAAAUAUUUUUUGUUUGGUCCUUUCAUAAUUUAAUGCUGAUAAAUGUCAGAAGGAAUUUUGACCACUACUUAGGCCAAAAUAAGGGUAGUUAUUGUACUGUAUAUAAAUUUUAAAGGAUUUACAAUACUUUUGAAUACAAACCUACAAAUCAUAAGAUAAACAAGUAAAAUAAAAUAGAAAAAAUCUGAUCAGGGUGACCAUUAUGAUGAUACAGUAGCCCCAUUUUGAGAGUUAAUGAAGCUGUUGGUUUAUUGUGAAUAGUUCGUUGGUGUGGUGGUGAUGGUUAUAUGUGAUGCUAUGGGGUAUGGUGGUGGUGAUAUGAGAUGCUAUGGGGUGUGGUGGAGGUGGUGAUA